UCGUCGUGAACGGACGCAAAUAAACAAUCGUAACGCGAUAUCGGGUGAAAAAUCGUCAAAAUUAGACUUUUUUGAGUCGACUUUCAAAUUGAAGUGCAUUUUGUGUCGCUCGCAAGGAAAAAAAUUGCAUUUCAAGCAAAAAUCACGUGAAAAAAAAGCGAAAAAGAGCGAAAAUUUUUACAGAGUAAUGCGAGACUUGGCCAAUAAAAUGGCUGAACUCUCAUUCGAGGCACCGUUAGCUCGUUUCGAGGAGACUGAUGAGUGGGGCGACACAAUCAGCUAUCAGUCUUCCAACUCUACUGCCGCGCAACAAUCAUCCCCAAAUGCGAAUCUGAAAGCCGCCAUUUCCGAUGCGCUGACUUUGCAACUGAAACAGGAGCAAGAUAACAGCAACAAUGUCAUCCUGAGUCUCGAGGAUGCCCUUUCCACGGGUUUUAAUGACAAUGAUUUCGGCGGCAUGACGAACGAUUCGCCGAAUUGCAACUCGAACGCGGCGCUGAAGAAUCAACUGAAAGACAAUGUCGACAAUUUUACCGAAGGAUUUACGGGCAGUUUGGAGGAUCUCGUGAACACUUUUGACGAAAAAUUGACCAAAUGUUUCGGAAAUUACGAACAAAGUGUCGAGGAAUUGGCUCCCGUUCAAGUACGAACGCAAGAGGAAGUCAUGAACGAUUGCCAAAUGUGGUGGACCAUCACGGGCAAUUUCGGGAACAUUUUACCAAUUGAUUGGAGCAAAUCGUAUGCACGACAAAUGCACGUCCCGACGUUAAAUCUCGGCGAACGCCCGAACGACAAGUCGCCGGAAGACGAUAUUCAGGAUUUGAGUUCGGAGGAUGAAGCUGUCGCCAACGACUUGGAUAUGCAUGCGUUGAUUUUGAACGGAUUGAGCACCGAUAACGAGCCAUUUAAGACAGCGGAGGAAGUUAUGAAGGAAAUUGAGGAUAUUAUUGAUGAAACUACGGCCUCCGAAGGGGACGUUUUGGAAAAUGAGGCAGUUGAAAAGGCGAAAGAGGUUCUUGGAUCGCCUUUGUAUGAAGAUAAACUGAGUCAAAUGACAAUUACUCAACUGAACGAACUUUUCAUGGAGAUGGAAGUUCUUAUUCGUGAACUCUCGGAAACGCUGAUCUCAGAAUUGACCCUUAAAGAUGAACUUGAGUACGAAAAAGAGCUGAAAAAUUCGUUUAUUUCACUUUUAUUGGCUGUUCAAAACCGGAGGCGACAAUAUCACGUCGAAAAGAAGAAGCACAAGGCACAGAAUAAGGCACCAACUGGUCUUGAACCAAAAUAUUUAACAACUGUCAUUCCAUACCACUUGGAUAACGGACCUCCGGAUAAUCAGGCGUUACAAGUGCUCAUCAAAAUAUUGAAGGCUAUAAACGAGGAUAGCCCAACUGUUCCAACUCUCUUAACGGAUUACAUUUUGAAAGUGUUAUGCCCAACGUAGGUAUCUUAUAACCUCCUUCAAAAAAAAUAUUUUUCUUUGCCUGCCUGACACUUUAGCUCUUACUCUCUGUAUGUGUAUCCAGCACUGUAAAUGUUAAAGAUAAAAAAAAAACAAAAAAAUAUAAAAAUGUUGUAUAUUUAAAAAGAGUUUAGAACACAUAACGAUGCAAAAAGCAUUCAAAACGUCUUGUAAAAAAAAUAUUUAUUAUUAUUUUUAUAAUUUUAAGUAAAACUGUAUGAAUGAAAAUUGUUAUUAAUUAUUAUUUUUGUGAACAGUGAUUAUAAUUAGCGAAUAUUUAUAUAGAAAAAAACUGGAAAUAAGUGAAAACUUCAAGAGCCUUUAAAAAAUAUUUAUUUUUAUACUCAAAAAAUUUCAUGUAGAUCCCAAAAUAGAGCAGAAUUUUUCACUUUGUGCCAACUGCCAUCAUCAUUAUUUCGCUCAAAUCAUUUUUUGUUGCAAUUUAUUAUAUCAAAAUCGAUAUUUUGUGAUUUAUUUUAAAUAAAAAAAAAUUAAAAAGCUUUUUUAAGACGCUUAUUAAGUUUAAUUAUUAUUAUAAUUUUACAUUAAAUGUGUAAGCACCCUAUAUGUCGUAAGAAAAUGCA